UCUUUGUCGAGCGGAUAUUGUUUAUGAUCACUCGACAUUUUCCUUUGCAAAAUAAUUUUGUGGUCGAAAUUACUUUGAUUAUAAUGUUUUCAUUAAUAUCGUGAUACAUGAUAGUGAAUAAUCACCGAACUAUGAUUAUAUGUUAAAAAAAACUUAGUGAAAGUUUUUACAAAUGUUUAGUGCAAGGGACGCUUGUGAAUUCUCCCUCGACCAAUAUAGCGGGAAAUCUCUGUGUCGUGACGCGCACUAACAUUAAGAAUCCCUGUGGAGACUUUGAAUAUAUUCAACAGCUUGUUAUGUGGCCAUUUACACUUUGACAGUGGUUCCGUGUCUUGUAAAGUAGCGAUUGACAAUGUCUGACGAAAUGGCGGUUAGUGAUAACCAGAGUGGGGAAGAAGCAGUCGUUAAUGGACCUGAAGCGUUGGCAGCGAGUGCCGAGGACGCGGCGCCGGAGGCCCCCGAGGCGCCCAGUGCGCCCGCGGACCCGGAGCCUGAAGAAACCAAGCCAAUUAAACCAGAACUUGAAUGGAAACCAGAAGAAGCACCAGAGCCCUCAGAAGACACAGAUGACAAACGGGGUGUCAAGCGCAGGGCGUCGGAGGCUUUCAGCAAUGCAGCCGGCGAAGACAAGCCCUUCAAGGGCUUUGUGAAGGUGGACCUGGAUGACUCUAUUGUGGAAUACAAGAAAGUUUUAGACAACCUGGAGGCAGACGUGGCAUUGGCCAGCAAGACCGUGGUGCCUCUCAGGACCGUGAUGGGGACGCCCACAGCUCCGGCCAGGGCCAGCAAGCGGGCGAGGCAGGAUACAGACGGAUCGAGACCGUCAUCUGCCCUGUCCUCUAGGUCAGAAGAUGGUGUUUCGUCCACUGAGGUAUCCUCCCCCGCGGUCCGCGGCCGCCGCGCCACCACCGAGAUGUCGUCGCCACUGCUCCGGGUUCCUCUCGAGAAGGGCUGGAAGCGCGAGCUGGUGUACCGAGCCGCGUUGGAUCAGCACUCGCGACGCAACGCAGACAUAUACUAUUACUCGCCGCAAGGCAAGAAGCUACGCUCCACUAGAGAGGUGGCGGAACACCUCUCUGGAACCGGACUGACGUUAGACAACUUCUCAUUCUUCAAGGAACCACUGGGUGUAGACGACCCCGAAAAAGAAAUCAUUCGUGACGCGAAACUGAUGCGGAAGGCGGAGUCCCCCGUGGCGGCGGCGGCGCCCCCCUUGGCGGAGGGCAAGCGCACGCCGAAGCCCAAGCCGCCCAAGGGCGCCAGCCCCGAGCCCAACACCCCCAAGUCGCCGCCCGCCAAGAUCAAGGUGAAGUCAAUGCAACCGCGCCUCAACCGCACGCCCGCCGCGCCCGCCAAGAAGCCCGCCGUCCCCGCCGCCGCCGCCGACAACAACAACACGCAGGCCAUCAAGAAAAACAGUGACUCAAAGCCAGUGCGUGGUCGAGUGGCAAACGGCGCCGCGCCGUCGCCCACCACCGACUCGCCGCGGCGAAGAGGAAGACCCAGGCUGGAGGAGAACAUCGACCACUUCACAGGCUUCUGCCAGAAGGCGAAGGAACACAACUAUAAUGUGGCUGUACAGAUAUUCCAGUACCUGGGCAUGCGUGACUUGGCGCAUUGUGCGCGCGUGUGCCGACUGUGGCGGGAUCUGGCGGCCACGCCACAGCUCUGGCGGCACGUCAGGAUGAAAAAUUCACACGUGAGCGACUGGGGAGGCCUAUUCGCGGCCCUCCGGCGGCACGGCACGAAGAGGCUGGACCUGCGCAAGAUGCUGCUGCCGCAGAACGACGCCGUGUUCUGGGAGCAGUUCGGAGAGCAUGUCAAACAGCUGGACGAGCUAGAGAGGAUAGAGAUGUGCCGCUGCCCCGCCAGCGCGGUGGAGGCGGUGUGCCGCGGCGCCUCCAACCUGCGCGCGCUCUCCGCGCUCGCCAUCCGCUCCGCCCUGCUCGACCCCGCGCCUCUGGGGUCCCUGUCGCAGCUGCGCGAACUCAGGCUCAAGAGCAUGGCGGGCUUGUCGCUCACGAGGGAUUUACAGCCGUUGGCGGCGCUGACGAGGCUCACGCAUCUUUCGCUCACCUCCAUCAAGGAACUAGGUUGGUGCGCGUGCGACGUAGUAGGCCAACUUCCACAACUCGAGUCGCUCGAGCUCGGCGAGUGCAGUUUUCGCGCCGAGUUCGCGCUCGUGCUCGGCAAGCUGACGCGCCUAAAGCGGCUGCGUUUAGAACGCGGCACCGCUCAAUGUGCGGCCCCGGCCUUACUGCGAGCGGUGGCGCUGCUACCCAAUCUUACUAGCUUGGAACUUGUCAACUUCGACGUCAAGGUCGGUUUUGACGACGCGCUGGCCGAAUGCAAAAACAUACAGAGGCUGCUCAUCAUACCCACGUACGUCUCGCAGUCCGCCACCACGAAUAAACAGGUGCUAAGCGGCGUGCUGAGUCUCAAGGACACGCUAACCCACCUGAUGUGGGGCGUGACCAUCGAGCUGCUGCGCGUGACGGAGCUGUUCAUCGACCAGUGCGAGCAGGGCGCCGAGCGGCGCCGCGACGUCGGCGAGUGCAUCCCCGUGCUCAAGCCCGUGCCCGGCUGCAGGCUGCCCCCCGACCACACCAAGCAGGAGCCCCGCACACCGCCGCAGGUGGAGAUCCUCCCGCUGCCGACGCUGCAGCGACUGCUGUCCGCGCAGCUGCCCAACACCAAGCUAAAGCUGCUCCGCAUACCUUUCCACGCCACGUGGCGCCAGUCCCUCGCCGACUUCCAGUAGCUGACGUGGCCGCAAGAGUGGUGGUACUAUCACUAGAGUACGUCUAAUGCUAUAUUUACACGCUGUGCAAGUCUCGACAAGCAUCCACAAUGACAAGCGUGUAUAGGCCCCGUGCAUGAACUAUAGAGGGCAGCAUAGGAGCCGGCAGAUUUUUGGCGCGAGGCCUAAAUGUAUCGUUUAUGCUUCCGAUGUAGCUCACAAGAUGGCAGAACCUACUAUGCACAAGGAAACGUACCGGCGACAACGAUACGGAAGAGUAACAUAUUAUUGCAGGUGACUGUACAGGCUCGGAGCUUUUAGGCGUUUGCCAAGUCUCGACAUGCGUGUAAAUGUAGCAUAAUAUUUGUGUACCAAAUUAGAAUAAUCGACAAAAUCUACACCUAUAUAUUUAAUAUUUUCAGAGGAAUUUGCUGUUGUUGGUUCCACUGUGUCGCUUUCUAAUUUGGCACAGAGUUAGCUACAUAUACGGAAUAAGCCACUUUAUAAGGCAGAGGCAAUGUAUUUCCCAUCUGAUUUUGAAUUUUAUUUCAAAGUGAUAGAGCUCUUUUUUGCAUAAUUUCUGACACCCUUAUGCCUUAUACAGGGUUAAUAAAAAUCCCUAAGACGAAUCUGUAAAUCGAUACUAAGGUACGUUACAAUCUCACAAUACGCUCAUGUUUUCAACUCGUCCAACUACUGAGUUUUUCAAGCGUAUGGCGCGGACAAUGCAUUUUUUAAAGCGCCAAAACAAAAUACGAAACCAAUGAGAGGAAGAGUUUAAAUUGUAUUUCUAAAUCUAAGGUAAAACCCUGCAUCCGUUUCUUACCUUGUUCACUGAAUUUGAAAGGUCUACAACACAUCAGGAAAACUCCUUUAAUUGCAUUAUAACUAUUUUAAUCAAUUAAUCACCUUCAAAUAAAAUUGUUAGACAAUUUUUAAGAAAUCGUGUGUUUCUAUUGACAUUGAAAAUACCAUUUAGCGGAAGCAGUUAUAAAGUUGACCCAAAAAUUUUUUAUUAAGCUAUGAGCUUCAUCACAUAUGUUCCUUGAGUAAUUCUAAGCAUUUCAAGCCUGGGAGGCAAUAAGAAAUGUGUGUCUACUCGGAUUUGUAAUGGAUUCAAACUUUCAACCCCUUUUUAACCCUGUUAGGGGAUGAAUUUUACAAAACGCUGAAAUUACUUUUCCUGUCUUUUAAUAAUAUCCCCAAAUACAAAGAUUCAAGUCCCGCGUUCGAAAUUUUUUUUGAUAUCCAUACAAACUUUCUACUCCUUUUUCACCAUCUUAGGGGAUGAAUUUUCAAAAACGCUGAAAUUAGUUUUCUUGUAUUUUAAUAAUAUAUCGUUUUACGAAGUUUCAAAUUCCUAGCUUAAAAUAAAACUUGAACCCCAUACAAACUUUCAUCCCCUUUUUAACCCCCUUAGGGGUUGAAUUUCUCAAAAUCGCUUCUUAUCUCUUGUACACUUUAUAAAUGUAAUCUAGUGUGCAAAUUUCAACUUUCUAUCUUUUGUAGUUUCGGCUCCGCGUAGCAAAAAUCUCCAACCAAAUUUUUAACCUUUUUACGUUUUUCUUGUAAAAUUACUAUGAAAUUGAAAAAACAAAUAUCAGCAAUGAAUUCUACGUCUUUGGUUUAUACGAAAAUGAUACCAAACUUGCCCUAGUACCCACCAGGAUCAGAGUAGAUUUUUUUUA